UUUAAACAAGCACCACAUGAAGCCGCGCUAUCAAUCAUCAGCAGCAGAUAUACACUUGAGAUUGUACUGAAAAACAUCGACCGUAUUCCUGUGUAUGGUGUGAACAUGCAAGCCUAGUGCAAAAUGGAAAGUAAAGAAAGUGACGUCGUAAUCGAGGCAGAGAUUUACACAGUGCUUCAAAUACCGGAAUUGGCAGAUUUUCAGGUCUACCAAUACCAUGUAAAAACAGAAGACAAAGAUGAUCAUGAGGCCGAGCUGUAUCAAGAUGGCGGUUUGUACAUGGACCCUACCAGCAAUAGCAACAGCAUGAUAAGAGCACUAAAAGAUGAUGAGAGACUUCAAGUUAAAGUAUGUGAUUUUCUUAUGGAACACCCUACAGCUGAGAGUGCGACUAAUCCUUGUAUGGGAAAGGGUUUGAUGAGUGGGAAUGACACAAGUCAUUUAUCGAAUCAAGAUGGUUCUCUGGAGAGGAGUAUGGAAGGAAGGAAUACAGAGGAUCUUGCACCUCUGCACCAGACGCAUGGAGAGAUGAGUACGGAAGUAAGGGAAAGCGAUGAAAAACUUCAAGGGACAGUACAUGUAGUUCAAGACAAAGACCAGACGCUACCAUGCGCUUCGCCAACUAACAACUCCAAACGUGUGAACAAAAAUUGUCAGCAACAUCAGUGUUUGGAGUGUGGCAAAAGUUUCUUCAAGAAGUGUUUGCUUGUGCGACAUAUGAGAAUUCAUGAAGGGAAAAAGUCGUCUGGAUGUUCCGAUCGUAACGCAAGGUACCGCCGAAGACUUCGGCUCAAAGAGAGCAUGAGUAGACGUGAAGGUAAAAAGACGUAUAAGUGUUCUGUUUGCAAUAAGGUAUCUUCCACAAAGGCUAAGCUUUUAAUCCAUAUGCGGAUCCACACAGGCGAAAAGCCUUUUGAAUGUUCGCAUUGUGACAAGAGAUUUUCCGUCAAGUGCAAUCUUACCAAACACAUCAAAGCAGUCCACAAAAGGGAAAGGCCAUAUUGUUGCUCCGUUUGUGGAAAGACAUAUGGGCAGAAGACUCGGCUUACAGUACACAUGAUAGUCCACACAGGGGAAAAGCCUUAUGAGUGCUCUGUCUGCAGCAAGGGAUUUCCCCUAAAGACUUACCUUACACAACACAUGAAGUCCCAUACUAAAGAAAAGUCACAUCAAUGUCUUAAGUGUGACAAAAAAUUUCAACAGAGACGUCUUCUUCUGCAGCACAAGAUCGUUCAUUCAGGAGAGAAGAAUUACCAAUGUGCCAUUUGCGGCAAAAUGUUUGCAAGAGCGGGUGAUUUAUUAAGUCACACGAGAACUCACACCAAAGAAAAACAAUAUUCAUGCUCUGUGUGUAACAAAAAGUUUUCUGCGAAGAGUUACGUGAAACAACACAUGAGGAUCCACAGAGAAGAAAAGCCUCACUUGUGCACCGUUUGUGGACGGGGAUUCUCCUAUCGGCAUCAUCUUUCAACCCAUAUGCUAACACACACACAAGAAAAGCCAUACGAGUGUUCUUUUUGUAACAAACGUUGUUCUCUCAAGUGGAAUCUUAAAUCACACAUGAAAACACACACAGAAAAAAAGUCUCAUGAAUGUAAGUUUUGUAAAGAGGCAAAUUUCACAAAAAAAGAGCUUUCACUCCACAUGGAAAUUCACUCAGGAGACAAACCUCACAAGUGUCUUCAUUGUGAUAAAGCAUUCUUUAAUAAGGUUGAUCUUCACAAACAUAUGACAACUCACUCCGGAGAAAAGGCUCAUGUAUGCUCCGUUUGUGGGCAAGCAUUCUCCCUUAAACAUCAUCUUUCAAACCACAUGAGAACCCAUACACAAGAAAAGCCCCAUGAGUGUUCUGUUUGUAACAAACGCUUUACUUUCAAGUGGAAUCUUCAAGAUCAUAUGACAACACACUCAAAAGAAAAACCUUAUCAAUGUUCCAUGUGUGAAAAGGCAUAUGUCACACAGUAUAAGCUUUCACUUCACAUAAGGAUGCACAAUGAAGAAAAACCUGUCAAGUGUUUUCAUUGUGAUAAAGCAUUCUUAAAUAAGGGUAAUCUUCAGAAUCAUGAAAAUCCACUCCGGAGAAAAGGCUCAUGUAUGCUCUGUUUGUGAUCGAGCAUUCUCCCUUAAACAUCAU